GUUGGAUUGGGCUGGUCUCAUACCGCUGUGGCCUGUAGGCACGGUUCCAUCGCGCUCUACCUCGGGCAGCCCUACUGGGUAGCAGGCCGGAAACCCCGGUGCUUGUUGGCCUUUCAUCUCCUGACGCGGUCCCAGUUUCGGACUGUGUCUUUCAUGAUCAGUUUCUACGUGGUUUUCAGAGAAUUUCCUUCCACUCGCACACCGCCACUGGUGUAUUACUUUCUCCAGGAACCUUGCUCAGACAAUGGCCAAGAACAAAUUAAGAGGGCCGAAGUCCAGGAAUGUAUUUCACAUAGCCAGCCAAAAAAACUUUAAGGCUAAAAACAAAGCAAAACCAGUUACCACUAAUCUUAAGAAGAUAAACAUUAUGAAUGAGGAAAAAGUUAACAGAGUAAAUAAAGCUUUUGUAAAUGUACAAAAGGAACUUGCACAUUUCUCAAAAAGCACUUCACUUGAACCUCUGCAGAAAGAACUGAUUCCUCAGCAGCGUCAUGAAAGCAAACCUGUUAAUGUUGACGAAGCUACAAGAUUAAUGGCUCUGUUGUAAUAUAGUGGUGAUGCAUCUAAUUCUUCACAAAGACCAAUAAAUUAAAUGUUUUAUACAAUUUUAUUUUUAAAAAUCUUGUUAAUGUACAGGCAUUGGCACAUUUUGAAAACAAACUACAUAAACAUGUCUUUCCUAUAACCUAGGAAAGUGGAAUGUCAGAAGUCAACAAAAUGUGAUAAAGUGCUAAAACAGAAGGCACUUCACAAAAUCUGUUCACUGAAACAGUUAUAUAUCCUCGUUUACAUCCUUCACUUUACAAGUGGCAGUGAAUGUCUGUUUGGAUAGAAGGACAUACAGAAAUACAGGCAGUUUAGUGGCAGUAAAAAUAUAAGACAAACAAGUAAUGAGUCCUUGGCCAACUUGUUUUUGAUGACUUGUAGUGUCCUUUAACUUUCCUCUUGUAAGAAGAAAAAACAGAAGGAUUCACAAUUAGAAGUUGAAAUCCAGAAUCUAGUUACUUUUGGGAGUGGGGAGGUUUGUGGAUAUUAAAUCAUUUAUCCCCUAAAGCAAUCAGAGCCCUUUGUUUUUAUGGUUGAAGUUUUGUGAAGUAAAGAAAGUAUUAAGGAAGAACACUUCAGAAUCAGUGAACUAA